CUCCGUCCCUGGAUCCCUCCCGCCAUCCCUUCUUCCGCAGCCUCAGCAGGGCCCGGCCCAGCCCGCACCGCCCCGGCCCAGCCCGCACCGCCCCGGCCCGCUAUGGAAACGAAUCCGCCCAAGCGGAAGGAAACGCGCAAGUCGUUGCGGGUUAAAGUCAUCUCCAUGGGCAACGCGGAGGUGGGCAAGAGCUGCAUUAUAAAGCGUUACUGUGAGAAGAGGUUCGUUUCCAAAUAUCUGGCAACUAUCGGCAUUGACUACGGCGUCACAAAAGUGCAGGUCAGAGACAGAGAGAUCAAGGUGAACAUCUUUGACAUGGCAGGACACCCAUUCUUCUACGAGGUGAGGAACGAGUUUUACAAGGACACACAGGGAGUCAUCCUGGUCUAUGACGUUGGACAAAAGGAGUCUUUUGAUGCACUGGACACGUGGCUGGCUGAGAUGAAGCAGGAGCUGGGCCCCCAUGGAAACAUGGAGAACAUUGUCUUUGUUGUCUGUGCGAACAAGAUUGACAGUACCAAGCACCGCAGCGUGGAUGAGAGCGAGGGGCGGCUCUGGGCAGAGAGCCGGGGCUUUCUGUACUUUGAGACAUCAGCACAAACAGGAGAAGGGAUCAAUGAGAUGUUUCAGACUUUUUACUCUGCCAUCAUCGACCUGUGUGACAAUGGUGGGAAGCGCCCUCCUUCCAGCAUGGGGGUUGGCUUCACCAAAGAGCAGGCGGAUGCCAUCCGCAGGAUCCGCAACAGCAAGGACAGCUGGGACAUGCUGGGGGUCAAACCUGGAGCCACGAGGGAUGAAGUGAACAAAGCCUAUCGGAAGCUGGCUGUGCUGCUCCACCCUGAUAAGUGUGUGGCUCCUGGCAGUGAGGACGCCUUCAAAGCAGUGGUGAACGCCCGGACUGCACUUCUCAAGAACAUCAAGUAGGGAACAGAGCUGCUCAGAGCUGGAAACCUUCCCCUCUUCCCAUGGGGCACCUCUUUCCUCCUCCUGCUUACUGCUGGCAUGGACGCAGGCUCUCCCAGCACCAGCCAUGGCAGCAGGACUGCAUCAACUGUAGCACCCUUGCAAUGUGCUGGAAAGGGACAGAGUGCUGAGGAGGGCAGAGGCAUCCCAGACCCCUCCCUGCAUCCAUGGCCCCAGGUCGUAGUUGGUGUAAGUGCUGAAAACAGUGAGGUUCCCACCUUCUCAGCUGUGUUACACCUCAAGGGAGUUACCAGCCAUGGAGGAGUUUGGGUCCAUGACUCUAACCCGUGGAUGCAGCAGGGGCAGAGUGAGAUCAGAUUUGAAAGCUGCUGUGCCUGAAAGCAUUGGUGUCGUGGGUGGAGGAUGUCCAGGAGGAUGCCCAGGAGAGCAGUGAAUUGUCAGUCAUGGGUUAUCCUAGAGCAACAUCUGCAAGGCUGGAAGUGUUGGGAUGCAUUUGUCAAGCACUGGGGUGGUUCAGCAUCCUGGGGAAAGCUGUCUUCUGCCAACUGACACCCAACAGUACUGCUUUUGACAGUGAGGAGAAGGGCAGGUUGCUCCUGCUUACUGCAGGGAGAAAAUGGCUCCCAGAGUGUCCUUUUUCCCUUCCUCCCCAAGCUGUUGUGGUGCCAAGAACAGUCCCUUUGGCAGGACUGGGGCUCUUCCACCUAGUUACCACAGCACAGGGUCUCCUGCCCCUGUGUCCUUCCACCUCCCUGAGCUCAACUCCUCGGGAAGAGCCCCUAAGGCUCUUUCUCAAGCAACUGCUCCCUCUCUCCCAUCCCUCUAUUCACACCAUGCCAGUGAGCUCUGGGUAGGUGCCAUGAUCCCCUAUGGGUGACUCUCCUCACCUGUGGGUGGUCCUGGCUAUUUGCAGGCAGGAGGAGAGUGCUGACCCAAGGGGGAGGCAGUUCACCCUCCACUUGGUUGUCUGUCAGCUCUGCCCUUCCUCCCCUUGGCCAACUUCAUCUCCUGAGCUUCACCCACACUGCAGAGCUGUGUGGGUGUCUGCAAGCUGCCUGCUCACUUGGCAUCAUGUCACUCAAGUUAAGUGAGGGGUGGAAGGGCCAUGUCCUCCCCCAACCCUCUCUUCUCACAGCAGCAUAUCACCCUGCUUUGCUGGUUGUCUUACAGGUUGCCAAUCAGCAGGUAGGUGCAGGUUGCCCUCUUGUAGUCACAGCUGCUGUUGAUUUGAAUAGUCUUCUUGAUUUAGAUGGGAGCAUUGCUGAUCACCCCAAUGAGUGCUUGCAGAGGCUUAAGAUCUAGCUGCUGUGAUCCUGAGGGAGGUGAGAGCUAUGAAGGCUGCCAGGCUCUUAGGAGAGACCAAAUGGGAGAUUCCUUGGGCUUCAGCGUUUUUUUCAGGACCCAGUUUUAUCUCCUUGCUGCUGUAUGAGCUUGGCAGGUAUGGUGAGGACACAAAGCCAUGAAAUGAAAGCCACUCAGUGUGUCUAUGUGUGUCCUUACCUCACCCCACAGAUACCCUGUUCAAGUGUUUUCUCAUGUGGUCAGUGCAAUAUGUUUUGUUUUGGUAUGUUCUUUUUCCACUUCAAGGCAGCUUUUCUGUGUUUCCCCUUCAAAAUAUAUCAGAAAUCAACAGUAGAUCCCUCUCACAUUUUUCAACAGCAAACAUUAAUGGACUUUAAAGCCAGUAUCGUUUUGCUCUUGCUCUGGUUUCUGAUGCUUGGAAGAAGUAAGCUAUCCUGCUGGAAAACACUCUUUGCUCCUCCAGUGUAAAAAUGACCAAGGGGAGAUGUUGCUACAAGAGGUUGAUGUUUAAAAUAGCUCCAUUUUCCCUCUCCUAGAUGCAUAAAAAGUUGGGCGGGGGGGGAGGUCAGCAGGGCAGACACUGCAGCUGUGGCAAGUUAUGCUGACAGGGUCUCGUUCCACACAUUUUGUAAUGCUCUGCAGUUCACUGGAAACCUCCUUGCUUGUCUGGUGGAGGAAACCACUUAAUACUGGCUUCGUACCUAUUUCUCUGUAUUUUUUUCCCCCCAUUGAGAAAGGUAAAUAAUCCUUUUGCUGAAUGGUGCACUUCAUUUCAAGGGUGAGAUCUCAGUGCUUGGAGUGGUUUAAAGGCUUCCUCAGUUCCUGCUGCUCAGGGGCUCUCCAGGUCUUUUGUGCUAUGCUAUGUCCUAUUCGCUCCUCAGGUGACUGGCUGUUAGUCUUGGGGUUUCUGCUGUCUGUUUACAGAGCUGACUGGACCUUUGGAGACCGUUCCACACAUGUCACAUCCAGCCGUGUCAGUGACCUUCUGAGUUGUGUUAUUUUUAUAAAUUAAA